AUGAUAUGCCAAGCGAUAGAAUCUCUUGAGGCGUUAAAGACAGCUGAUUUUAGCCAUGACAGCUUCAAUUUCCUGGUAAAGCAUCCGAACAAACCGGUCGCAGAAGUCGUUCGAAUUCCGCAGGAAUUUGGUCAAACUCUCAGGUCUGACAUGGAGGUUUUCGCUGUCGACGUGAACCAUACCCGAGUUAGGACAUUCGAAUCUAUGGUUCAUUGUGCCUGGGAGCAUAUGCACGUAUCAUUUUCAAAGGUCUUCCAAUUCCUACAGACUCCAGCUCCAGAGUUAUCACCGGAAGCGGUUCCAGCAUUGUGUAGAAUGACAGCGACUGUACUUGAUCUCAGUCUCGUCUCGUACGUCGUUUCACAUGGGUCGCGCUUUGAUCUGAAUCAUCUCCAAAAGGACAUGCCUAUCAUCACCGUCCAGGGACUGGAUAGCAACGGGCUCCAUGUCAAUUGCACAUUGAGACGGCUUGCCUGUCUUCAUAAUUUCCUCGACCGAAAUCUCGUUUGGACAUUCCAAGGAUAUUCUCCCAAAGAGCUUCAAAUUGGCCAGCCUAUGACAGAAUCAUCGGGCCUAUAUAUCCUCAGCAGGAUCGAGGAUUUUGCCGAUAUCUAG